AUGGAGACCAAGACGGACCCUGUUACGAGACUCGAGGUAGAACAUACCGAUCUCGAGGAUGCAGGAAAGGAGGGUCUCGAACCAAAUCGACUAGCUCCAGCUCAGAUGAUGAGCCCAGAGGAGUUCGCUGCCGUAGAGAAAAGGCUGAAGAGAAAGCUGGAUAUACGCCUGCUGGUUUGCGUCUGGGUGAUCUUUGUGAUGAACUAUUUGGACCGGAACAAUAUAUCAGCAGCAAAGGUUGCCGGGAUCGAGGAGUCUCUGCAUAUGAACAGCACGCAGUACGCCACGGCUGUGGCUCUCCUGUUCGCCGGGUAUGUCCUUAUGCAGCUGCCCUCCAACAUCUUCCUUGCGCAUCUGCGACCGUCCGUCUAUAUUCCCUGUGUGAUGGCCGUCUGGGGAUCCCUCUCUGCCCUUGUUGGAGCGACUCAAAAUGCAGGAGGUCUCUAUGCUCUCCGUUUCUUCCUUGGGUUCGUGGAAGCUGCGUUUUACCCUGGUGCACUAUUCCUCAUCUCGUCCUGGUACAAGCGCUCCGAGAUGGGAGUGCGCAGUGCCUUUCUGUUUUCAGGCUCUCAGCUUGGAAGCGCAUUCUCCGGGCUCAUUGGGGCUGGUAUCACGGGUGGUCUCGACGGAGCACGAGGGCUGGAGUCGUGGCGCUGGAUCUUCAUUAUUGAAGGUUCAGCUACUGUUUUCAUUGCCUUGAUCGCGCUCUUCGUUCUACCAAACUACCCAUCGAACACUCCCUGGCUGAGCGCUGAAGAGCGUGCGGUGGCCGAGUGGCGGUUGAUAUCCGAUGCUGGCCAGGUAGAUGAGGACGACGAGCGCUGGAGCUAUGGCUUCAAGAUGGCCUUCAAUGACUGGCGGUUGUAUGUCUUUGCCCUGAUCUUCCUCUGCAUUCAGGUUGCAAGUGCCACGUCCAACUUCUUCCCGGCCGUUGUCAAGACCCUGGGCUUCAGCACAGUCAACACCCUGCUGCUCACGGUGCCUCCAUACAUGCUGGGACUGGUCGUCUCGAUCGCCAACAACUGGUCUGCCGAUAGAUUCCAGAACUCGUCGCUCCAUGCCAUCUGGCCUAUGGUCGUUGCCAUCAUUGGCUUCGUCGUUGCGGCAGCCACCCUCAACAUCGGUGCCCGCUACUUUGCAAUGGUCCUGAUGGUCGCUGGAGGGCAUGGAUCAAAUGCAGUCGUCCUGGCCUGGACACAGAAGACGAUGCUGCGGCCCAGAAUCAAGCGUGCCUCUGCUGUGGCCUUUGUCAACGCGUUUGGCAACAUUUCUCAGAUAUUCUCAUCCUACUUCUACCCUGACUAUUCCGCUCCACGCUAUGUGAUUGCGAUGUCCGCCAACUCGGCAUUUUCGGUCGGCGUGAUUGUGCUCGCGCUUUUCAUGCGCUUCAUCCUUCUUCGCGCUAACAAGCGUCUGGAGCGAGGAGAGUCCUCUGUGACGCAGGAGAUGAGAGGACAGAGUCAGAGGGAAAUUGCAGGUGUUUCGGAGGAGGAGCGAGUUGCGCGUAGGGAGGGAUUCCGGUACAUUGCGUAG